AUGGUUCUGUACUUCAAGGCACGGCCAGAUGUGGGCGAUUACACCAUUUUCAUGGGAUUCGACAAGUUCGAGAACGAGGAACUCAUCAAAUACGGCUUCCCGGAAGACGUUUGGUUUCAUGUGGACAAAAUGUCUUCAGCCCAUGUUUAUGUAAGGCUGCAUAAGGGUCAGACUUUCGACAAUAUAAGUGAAGGGUUACUAGAGGAUUGUUGCCAGCUUGUCAAAGCAAAUUCAAUUCAAGGCAACAAGGUUAACAACAUUGAUGUUGUCUACACUCCCUGGUCAAACUUGAAGAAGACCGCUACAAUGGAUGUUGGUCAAGUUGGCUUUCACAAUUCAAAGAUGGUUCGUACAGUGAAAGUGGAGAAGCGGAUUAAUGAGGUGAUCAACAGACUGAACAAAACAAAAGUAGAAAGAACGCCUGAUUUGAGAGCGGAGAGGGAAGCCGUAAAUGCGGCAGAAAGGGCUGAGAGGAAGCUUCAACUCAGAGAUAAAAAACGAAGGGAGGAGAUGGAUAGGAUGGAAAAGGAGAGGCAGGCAGAGGUGAGGAGCUACAAGGGAUUGAUGGUGGCGGAGAAGAUGACAUCCAACAAGCAGAUUGCAUCAGAGAGCAAGUCUCUGCAGGAGAUGGAAGAAGAUUUCAUGUGA